AUGAAGGUCUUGCUGCUGACCGCCCUCGAAAUGGGCAAGUCACGAUACACACCGCCCUUUCGUUUGCUUUCUCUGCUCCAGAUCGAGAUCCCGCGCAAGCGUUAUCCUCUUCCCACCCCCCAACCACUCACGAAGGUGAAACCAUCUAUUCCUUCGCCCUUCCUCAAAAAAUUCAAAUUCCUCGACUGGUUACCCAAAAUGUCAGGACUCGACGUCGAGGCUCUUCUGGAGUCCGCCGCAGCCGCGCCCGCUGCAAACACCCCCCACCCCAGUGAUCGUGACACCAGUGCACGCCCCGAAUCCGAACGCCGUGACCGCUCCCGUGACAGGCGCCGCCGUAAUGACCGCGACCGCAGCCGUGACCGCCGCCGUUCCGACCGUGACACCGAUGCUGACCAGGAAAUGCUGACCAGCCCACGGAGCGAGCUUGCAAGCGCUAAUGAAAGCCAGCGAAGCCGAAAGCGCAGCCGCAGUCGCGAAGAUGACCGUCGCCGUCGUCGAGACGAUUACCGUAGCGGUGACUUCUACCGUGGCGGAGGUCGCGCUCGUGAUCGCUCUCGAAGCCCCUACGAUGACCGUCACUACCGCCCCGGCCGCCGUGAUCGGGAUGAUGAUCGCCGCCACCGCCGUGGCCGUGAUGACCGUCGUUCAACCCCCGCCCGGCGUGACAGUCAAUCCCCCGAACUCAACGACGAUGAGCGUGAUCGCCGAACUGUCUUUGUCCAGCAACUUGCCGCUCGUCUGCGAAGUCCCGAAUUGAAGGCAUUUUUCACGAAGGUCGCACCCGUCAGGGAGGCUCAGAUUGUCAGGGAUCGCGUUAACGGACGCUCCAAGGGUGUCGGAUACGUCGAAUUCCGGGAGGAGGAAUCUGUCGGGCCCGCUAUGCAGGUCACCGGACAGCAUCUCCUUGGCAUUCCCAUCAUUGUGCAACUGACCGAAGCGGAAAAGAACCGCCAAGCACGUAACCCCGAAGCCAGCUCUGGGGCCAACCACUCGGCUCCAUUCCACCGUCUGUAUGUCGGGAACGUCCAUUUCAGCAUUACCGAAGAAGAUCUUCGAAAUGUCUUCGAACCUUUUGGCGAUCUCGAGUUUGUCCAGUUGCAAAAGGAGGAGACAGGUCGAAGCAAAGGAUAUGCGUUCGUUCAAUUCUGUGACCCUAACCAGGCCCGUGAUGCGUUGGAAAAAAUGAACGGAUUCGAACUUGCUGGACGCGGUAUUCGAGUCGGUCUCGGCAACGAUAAGUCCGCCCCCGAAUCGAACACCCAACGUACCCCAGGACCCCAAUCUAGCUCCCAGUCGCAUUAUCAAGGAUCCUCUUUCUCCGGACAGGGAGGCCGCGGCGUUCAGGCCGGUGGCUCUAACAAUUUCGACCGUGCCGGUGGACGUGAGAAUGAAAAAGGUGGUGGCGCAAGUGCCCUCGAUGACACAGAUGUUGCUGGUGUCAACUUCAACAAUUACUCUAGAGACUCUUUGAUGCGAAAGCUCGCUCGUACAGAUGAUUCCCAACCCUCUGUUGACGACCAGCAGAAGACGCUCCGAUCCAAGACCGAGACCAAGCCGCUCCCCGUCAACGUUAAUGCUGUUGGUCGAUUCGUGAAGCUCAGUAACAUGUUUGACCCUGCUGAAGAAACCGGCGAAAACUGGGUCAAGGAACUGGAGGAAGACGUUCGCUCAGAGUGCGAGCGCAAAUAUGGCCACGUUGUUCACAUCUCGCUAGAUCCGAAUUCCCAGGGAGAAAUUUACCUGAAGUUUGAACGCAUUCAGGGCGGCGAAAACGCCAUCAAGGGUCUCAACGGACGUUACUUUGGCGGCAAGCAGAUCACCGCCCAGCCCGUCGUGGAUGCCGUCUAUCGAAGCCUUUUCUCCCGGACCAAGGACCUCUAA